AUGAGUGACCCCUACAUUCUGCCAUGUGGCCACACAUUUUGCUUGCGACCUUGUCUGCUGCCACAAUCCAUGGCCGUGGCAGCCCGUUGCAUCUACUGCCAUGUGGAGUUUGACGCAGCGAAACUGCGUCCAAACAGCGGUGUUAUGACUCGGCUUCGCUUACUCUCCUUGCAACGGGGCAGGAGCAGAAGCAGCAACGCCUGUAGUAAGCAGAUCCAGCCCAAACUGUUGGCCUUUUGUCAUCAUUGCCAUCGUCAGAUCUGUGCGCCAUGCACUGAGAGCCACCAUAACAGUUACAGGUUAAUACUUCGAAAGAGGUUGAAUGGCCUAUCCUGCCACACAGCGGAUUUGAAGUCGCGUGUAGAGGAGCUGAAAGAGUUAAAAGCUUCAGCAUUGACAACGAAGGAGAAAACAAAGGACGGGAUUGUCGGUGCCAUAGAAAACGCAGUGUUUGAGCUGUGUGCGGCCGCGAGCAAAGCACUGGACGCCGCUACAGCAAAAGUGGAGAUGGCGGAUUUGGCUGGCUUCGGAAAUAUAGACGAACCCGUCCGUCGAAUCACGAACCUUUUGACCAAGAUAGACAAGACACAAAAUGCCCGCAUGUUGCUGGAAGGGAUGAAGGACUUGAAAGUAGUGGUGGCAAUGCAAAAAUCACUAAAAGGACUCCUCUUUGAUGCCGCGCUAUUGAGAGAGAUGGUAGAAUCACUUCCGUUUCUACCCGUAACACAGAUGAAUCAAUCCGAUCGCUUCAGUAAGUUCGUGUGUGUGCUUCGAAACAGAAAUGCCGCUUCGCCUGUCACCACCGUGACAAUGUCUCGGGUGAAGCUGUACGUAGGCGGGAUGCGGCCCAACCACACGGAUAGUCAACUGCGGCAGCACUUUACCCAGUACGGUGCCGUCACUGACUGCUACGUUGUGCGUGACUCUAAAACAGACAAGUCAAGGGGCUACGCCUUCGUGACCUUCAGGGAGGAGGCACACGCAGCUCGUGCAUUGGCCGACUGUCCGCAAUUUAUUGAGGGUGGUCUCGUGAAUGUGAAACCCUUUAGAAUGAAGAUCAAAAAGAAGAUGGAUGCCAAGGACAAGGAGGACGACAAGGUGGGGAAAGAAGGCGAAGAUAGUGGCACCGGCGGUAAGCGAGAAGUGGAUAAGCUGAGCCUAUUCGCCUUGAAGGAUUACUUCUCUCGCUACGGCAACGUGACAGGUGUAGACUUGAUUCUCAAGCGUAAAGGUGGGAUGGCAGGAGGCAUUGCCUUCGUGAAAAUGACCACACCACAUGAAGUAGAGGCUAUACUGGACGCACGUCCUCAUCAACUGAACGGAAAAAGCAUCAUCGUGCGAUCUGCAUAUUCUCGAGCUUCAAAAAAAGCAGUGGUUCCCAAUGCCGCCAAAACUGAUCUUCAUUUGGUUGUUCAUGAUCCUCUGCCUCAAACAAGUAGGAACGUUCGGGAACGCUUUAGCCAAUUCGGUGAAAUCACCAACGUGAAGUCUGUCGUUGAUGCCUGUCAAAUAACGUUCCGCUUUAAGUCCGCACCAGAGCGUCACCCAGCCGCAGCAGGUUCUGACGAGGCGGUGGGUUCUUCUGCCGGCUAUUUCAUCUGUUAG